AUGCCCGGAAGAGACAUCCCCCUGGAAACGCUCUACCAGCAGUGGAAACAGGGCUCUCCCGCAUUCGAGCAGGUCCUGGCUUCCCCUGAAGGAGCUGCUAAGGCCCUCCUCAAGAUCUCAGACGCCAUCAACAAAGAUGUGGCCGAUGCCCAUACUGCGCACGCCCUAAUUCUGCUGUCGGGCCUGCUUGCCGAAGGCAAGAUCAACGUCGGCUCGUUCCUGGAUACCGAGCUGGUCCACCGAGUCAUGACCCUCGUGUGUGUGGAGCGAAUCUCGUCUGUUGUCUGUGCAUCGCUCAGUGUGCUAUCUUUCCUCAUGUUGGGCCAGCUCAAGACCUACGAGUCGCAUUCGCUAGCCUCCAGCCAAAAACGACUCGCCGAUCUGUUCCCCGAGGCCCUGGCCUCUUUUCCCCACAACCUGCUGGCCGGCCUGGUGUCCAAGCUGGCGUUCAAGAGCACCCAGGUUGUCGUCUCUGCUCUUAGAACGCUCAAUGUCUUCGUUCACAAGCUUGUCUACGUCGGCGGCGACCUCAGUCUUUACUGCCAGCUGCGACUCACCGACUUUGGCAAGAACAUUUCCUCCAUUCUGGACUCGCGAUCGCACACCAACGCUGCCAUGCCCCACCUGCGUACCCUGCAGGACCUACUUAAGGCUAUCACACGCAAGUUCUACAGUGCCUUCCCAGCCCCAGACUCGGAUAAGUUUGUCAACGAACUCAUUGAGCUGUCUCGACCAGGUCUCACCGAGAUGGUCGGUGUCGACAGCGAAGGAACACCCCAGUUUGAAAAGGCAUGUGUCACGUCGCCCACAGACUGCUACAUGCAGUUCGGAGUUGCCACCACGGAACCCAACCCCAAGAUCGUCGCCUACCUGGACUUCAUGGAGUUUAUCAACUCCCACGAUAUCACAUUCACCAAACUCUUUGUCGAGCACUCGACCUUCUGCAAGCCCACCAGUCGGUUUCCUCUGGCCCGAGCCUCUCGAACCGUUUCCCAGCUGAUCCUCGACUUCUUUGGCUUUGAGGACGCCGCCUGGGCCAUUCUGGGAGCAGAUACCCCUGAGUCCUUCUACCCUCCCAACAAGGGCGAUGUUGAGAUCAACGAUUCUGACUUUCAUCUACAGAGCCAACAGCUCAAGCUGACUCCUUCUCUGUCGACCAUGGAGACCCAUACCACCACAUCGUCGUCGGCCUCUAUCGACAUCUCCAACUCACUGCGAGCAAACAACAUGAACCCUUACCUGUUCGACGCCAUGGAUAUCCACAACUCGGCCAUGGCCUUCUUCCUGAAGUGUUGGCGAGACUCCAAGGCCCAGCUGGUAGACUACGAGCGAAUUGCCUCUCUUGUGGCUCUGCUGUUCCAGACCGCCAAGACCGACAUGAAGAACGCCUCUCUCGGUGACCUUUUGCAGUACCUCGACGAUGCCACCUACACUGUCAUGCGCCAGAAGGAGAUCAUUCUCAUCGAGGACGUGUUUGUUGCCAACCUCAAGGACGAGUUUGCCCCAAUGCACGAACGGUUCCAGAAAGAGGCCGUGAGCUUCGUAAAAGAGCAGCGCCUCAUGUGCCUGUCUGCCGGUGAAUGGUUCCAGAGUGUCAACCCCUUGAGCUCUGCUGCUGGUCAGCCCACCAAGUACUACUUUGUCAUUCUGGCUAUGGGACGAAAGGUGCUCAAGUGGGGCGGGUACGCCAAGCAGGGACGAAACCCCACCUGGGAGGAGGCUCCCAACACUAUCGAGCUUGCCAGUGUUACCCGAGUCGAAAUGACCCACGUGCGAACCCAGUCGGUUUCCCAUGACGUUAUUGGACUGCAGACUCGAACCAAGCACCAUAAGGUGUCAAUCUAUGGCCAGAGCCCCACCCCCAUGCUUGUAUUCUACGUGGACACUGAGGACCAGGCCGCCGAGUGGGUCGAUGGUAUCAACUGUCUCAUUGGUAAGCCCAUGUCCACCGAAAAAACCAAACAAUACGUGACUCUUUUCACCGAAAUGUCUCUUCGGGCACAAGUCAUGGGCAUUGGCCCCGAGGAUAACGUCGAGUGUUCCCGAGUGGGAGCCCUUCCGAUGUGGGCUGAGGCUUCUGACGCCUUCUACUAUGUUUAA